CUUCGUUGUGUUCGCUUUCUUCAGCGGAGUUUGUUUGCCGUGCUAAAACGUAAACAACUGACGAAACUUGGUGGUGUUUUAGCUCAUCCCGUGGAAAACUAUCCUCGAUCAGCGUUUACCAUCUCCUCGGCUGCAAGCAAACAAACAAUUUCUUUACCUACGCAUCCGCCACCGCCUCAAAAUGCAACGCAAUCUAACCCAAUCGAAGGAAGCCCUGCUGAAAUCCUACAAUUCCCGGCUGAAAGAAGACAUUCGGAGUAUGCGAGAAAAUUUCGAAGAAAUCAUCCGACUCGCUAAAGGUGAAAAUGACACACAAUUAUCAAAGAUAACGCAAUGCGAGCAGGACACGUAUGAAACACAGGUCCGAGCGGCAAACAUUGUACGGGCUGGCGAAUCGCUCAUGAAGCUGGUGUCCGAUAUCAAACAGUACCUUAUCCUGAACGACUUCCAUUCGGUCAAUGAGGCAAUCUGCAGCAACUCGACGCUCUACCGUACCACGCAGAUCGACCGGGACAACAAGCUGAUGGCCGUCCGGGACGAUAUGGCGGCGGAUCUGUACGAUCUCGAGGAAGAGUACUACACAAGCAUUUACAAGUGAUCUGAUAGCUUUAUUUUCAUUUAUAAUAUACAACAGUAGAGCGUGGUCAAUGUGCA